UGGAUACAAGGUAUGAAGGCCAAGGUCAAGGAUGGUGCUGUUAUGAACACCCCGGGAACUAGGGGAUUUUGUAUUGAUGAGGUGACAGGAUUACUCUGUAAGAGGACCCUCAAUUGGAAAGUAGUGGAUGAUAAAGAGACGGUUGACCUAGGUGGACUUGGAUAUGUUGUUCCUGAUGCUGAUGUGGCUCUUCAAGAUGAAAUUAUUAAGAAGUUACAUGUUUAUGGUGGUCUACCGCAGAAUAUCCGAAGGUUAUGUUCACAAUUUUAUUUUAAGUACAUGAAGGUGAAGUGUAAGAAGUAUCUCAGAGAGUGUGAGAUAUGUGAGAGACUUCGCACACAUCGAGGAGCUCGAAAAGCGAUAGCUGCGUUGCCUAGUUGGCAAACUAAUUGGCAGCCGUGGGAGUGUGUAUCGUUGGAUAUCGUUGGCCGGGCCAACUUGGCCCCCUAUGUCCCAGUUGUGAAGACGAUCAGCACAAGGAGGAGAAUCCAGGAGAGCUAA